AUGGAUACUCAAGUUGAAGAUUGUAGUAGGCUUCACAAUGAAGAUGAAAUUCUUUCAGAUAUUGAUUACUAUGUUGCACGUAACUUAGUGUUAGAUGAUGUAAAUGAUGAGGAUGUAGACAAAACAAUAGAAGAACUAAGGUUGGGAAUGAUGUUUGAAAACUUGGAUGAUGCUUAUUGUUUUUACAAUGAAUAUGCUAGAAGAGUGGGGUUUAGCACUUGGAAGGGCAAGGAACGCAAAACAAGGAGUGGGGUAAUAAAAGACAAGACAUUUUGUUGUUUUGCCCAAGGUUUUCGCAACCUCAAACCACGAGAUAAUGUGAAAUACUAUCGUGACAGUACAAGAACUGGAUGCCAAGCACACAUGCUUGUUGGAUUGAAAGAAAGUGGUCAAUAUAGCAUUAUCCAUUUUGAGAAGCAACACAAUCACGAGGUUGUAACUCCAAGCAAGACUUACAUGUUAAGGUUACAUAGGAAAAGGACAGUGGUCCAAACUUCUCAGGAUAUUCUUGCAGACAAGUCAGGGAUAACACUAAAAGCCACUAUGGAGUAUAUGGCCAAUCAAGUUGAAGGUGUUGAGAAUUUGGGAUUCACUCAUUUUGAUUAUUGCAAUUAUCUACAGACAAAGAGGCAAAAAGAUAUGGAAAUGGGAGGUGCAAGAGCCAUUUUAAAAUUUUUUGAAAAGUUGCAGAUGGAGAACUCCUCAUCAUUCCACUCCAUGCAACUUUGA